AUGUCAGACCAGAUACCCACUGGAACUUUCCUAGAAGUCUCCAAAGUUUCAAAAGCUUACCCAGCUACUGAUUGUUUAACCUCAUCAUUGCCUCCAUGUAACCCUAGUCCUAAUGGUGGGGAAUCAACCUUUAAAGACAUCCCAAAUGGUUCUACACUUUGCACAGUGAAUACGAAGACUGUAAAAGCUACUUUUGAAAAUGGAGUACAGUCACUAAAAGACUUAGCAAAAAGGAGGAACAUGGAAGGUGAAACUCACGCGCCACUAGGUGAGAAAAGUUCUCAUGUUAUUUCCAUUUCCCAAGAUUCUGCUAUACUGUCAAAGCAAGCACAUACAAACUGUGCAAGAAAGCAAGCGUGGACAAGAAAAGAGAAACAAGCUGACAAAGGCAAAGAGAUAGCCUCCACUGUUGAAGUUGGCAAAGAAAAGGAGAGUGACAAGGUUGAUCAAAGAAAUGUGGAUAAUGGAAGCACAAGUAACCAGAUGAUGGUCUGUGAGACUACUAUCACUGAGCUUCAUACCACCACCCCUGCUCCUUAG